AUGACACAACUUACCAAUUUCAACGACACAUACUGCAAUCAGAACUCGAACUUUCAUCAAUUUUAUAACUUUGGCUCGCAGCGUAACCCAGAAGUGCAAUAUUAUGUACGAGAGCCGAACGGAAAACGCCCAUUCCCCGUCGAAUUCGAACUGGUAAGUAGGCGCAUUGUGUAAAAAAACAUGGGGAAAAGAAAGUGCGUUAGAGCUCUCAGAAAACCACCUGCUCCAGAUUAGAAAGGCGGGGAGACGCCGCAAAAGUAGAUGGAAACGAGGAGUCACGUGCUACCUCUCUUGGAUUACAUUUGCUUGGCUGAGCGUGAACGGCAACGAGAAGAAAAGGCCGAGAGUUGCAUUCUCUCAGUUUCCCGUAAACAAAAUCAUUCAAAGGGUACGCGCGAAAAAAACGACAUGUGACCUUUUGAAGUUGGCGCCCUUUUUGGCGGCACCCACGAUUUAAAUUUGUGAUAAUGUCGGCUACUUGCUUUUUGUUCGAACUCCCAUGUUUUCCCGCGUAACCUUUUUCUAGAGUGCUGUUUUUCGUAAUCUGCGGUAUUCAUGAUUGAAGUAAUUGAAUUGCUGAGUGAAUUGGGAAAUUAUAACCCUUAACGCCAUAACUACUUGUUUUCUGAAACAGUCAAAGCUUCGUUCGUUCAAUUCUCCGAUCGAUUAGCUUUAAUAACACUCAUCUGAUAAAUUUCCAGAUGUGAGAAAACUAAGUGUUCGUUUCGGUUCUCACUCGUUUAGGCGCAUUCUCAUGUCUUCUGUCCCUUAUCAAAUAUUUGCACUUCGCCCCCACUUCUUGCCUAAUUUCGCCGUCCUCUCCUCUCUGUUCCGUUCCAUUCCUCGUUUAUAUUCAUUAGUAGUUGACUGAUUAUUUCUACAGAAAUGUCGGCGAAUGUGACGUUGUCGGUGUGGUUCACCGAAUGUCUGUCCCUCUGCGUUUUGUGUAUUCCCUAGCUCUGGGGUGUGUCGCCGCAGCAGCAGCCUGGUCGCCUCGGCUGUCUCGCGUGCCUUGUUCUUCCUCGCUUCUAAGCAGAUUACCUCCCCUUCACUAACCAGUUCGAGCAUUGAUCCACUGUUUCCAAAAUCAAGAAGGAAGAAAGGUGAAGAAACCUCCGCCUUUCUAAUCGAUGCGUCCUUACACUCGUCACCAGUUCCCUUUAUCAAUGAAACCCUCUUCAUUCCGCCAGAAAUUGUAAUAACGGAGUUGCAGGACAUGGAAUAUGUGCCGAAAGCGAAAAGAAAGUUCGAUAAGAUAAGCGCGUGCCUGGAGAACUUCUCAAUAUCCAAUGAUGAACCGUCUCGAAUCAACUUGUAAGUGGCACCUUUUUCAAUAUUAAGUCUUCUGAAAGAAGUUUUACAUCAAAAUUAAAAAAAGAAAUAACCGUCCAUCCUGGUUGCAGAGACUUUUCGUCAGAUGAGGAAAUGGAGGAGAUUGGCGACGAGGGAAACGGUCCAUCCUCAUCCGCUCCUCUCGUUGUUGAGCCCGACGACGAGCCAGCCGUUCCCAAGAAGAUUCGGUUGGACGAGUCGGUUCAGAAAUAUCUGCAGAAGUGUCGUCAGGAACCAUAUCUUUUCCUUCCAAAGUAAGAUCUUAAACUGCAUUCAUAACUCUAUUUUGACUUUUGCAGAGGUGAACCACUGAAGGGAAACGAGAUGGUCAUCUGGCAACCACGACUGCUCAUUUCGCCAAAGAACGACUUCAACAUGGUCGGCCGAAUCCAAGAGAUCGACGAUGAAGAGGAGCAACGCGUCAACGAAAAGAUAAAGGAGCGCAUUAUCGAGAAUGAGGGCAUGGUGGACGCGGAUGCGGACGAGGAGACGACCACAGGAAUAGUCGAGCUGAGCUACGGCUCGGAUCACAGCGACAUCGGUUCUUCGUGGAACUCUCCCAUUCCAUCGCCAUCUUCGCAAAUCGUCGAGCUGGACGCGGACUCGCCGAGCAGUUUGACUAACGGCAGUGUUACCGAUGAAGAUAUGAUGGAAUUUGACGAUUGA